GGCCCGCCUCACAUUGAGAGAUGCAGCAGCAGCAGCAGCUUGCCGAGCUGUCACACUCACACAGGCUUCUUAUCUGCACUGGCUUGAUGAAUUAAAAAGCAAGCCAGCCAGCAAGAAAGAGAAGGAGAGAGAGAGGGGGGAAGAGAAAGAGAGAGAACCUUGCAGCCAGCAUUUGCCUUUUGGUUUUUUUUUAAAGGAAGGAUUUUGCGUCUGAAGUGAUCACUGCUUGUGAUGAGGCUUCACUUAGCAGGCUCCAGAAUGAGCUAGAGGCGGCAGAUAGGGGGAUAAACAAACAAACAAACAAAAAAUCAGACCAAACCCAAAUACCAACCAGCAAACCAAACCAGGAACAGUUUUCUCCUUUAUUCUAGCAUGGUGGAUGUAUGGACAGUCUUACAGAGCAGAGGUUGACAUCUCCAAAUCUACCAGCCCCACAUCUUGAACACUACAGUGUUCUGCAUUGCACCAUGACCUUGGAUGUUCAAACGGUGGUCGUUUUUGCAGUGAUCGUAGUGCUGUUGCUUGUGAAUGUCAUACUCAUGUUCUUCCUGGGCACUCGUUAAAUGGAUUUUUUCUCCUGAGCUGUUGGGGGCUACUGCCACUAGCAAUUCAACAAGAGAGCGAGAGAGAGAGAGAGAGAGAGAGAGAGAGAGAAAGGACAGAGAGAGAGAGAGAGAGAGAAAGAGAGAGAGAUUUCUUACUGAGGGGGGAAAACGCACUGAGCUUCAACAUGGCCUCGCUGUGAUAUGUAUUCAGUACACAGCCCAACUGCUGUGUAUAAUGUCUGAAGGAAAAUUGCCAAAAAUCCAUCUGAUCAGUGGUGGUUCUAUUGUAAGUGCUGAGGCAGUAUGGGAUCACGUCACCAUGGCCAACCGGGAGUUGGCGUUUAAAGCAGGAGACGUUAUCAAGGUCCUGGAUGCUUCCAACAAGGACUGGUGGUGGGGUCAGAUCGACGAUGAAGAAGGAUGGUUUCCCGCCAGCUUCGUAAGGCUAUGGGUGAACCAAGAAGACGGAGUAGAGGAAGGAACCAGCGAAGUACAGAAUGGCCAUUUGGAUCCAAGCGCCGACUGCCUCUGUCUCAGCAGAACCCUUCAGAACCGAGACCAGAUGAGAGCCAAUGUAAUCAAUGAAAUCAUGAGCACAGAGCGCCACUAUAUCAAACACCUCAAGGACAUUUGUGAGGGUUACUUAAAGCAGUGCCGGAAGAGGAGAGACAUGUUCAGCGAUGAACAGUUAAAGGUCAUAUUCGGCAACAUCGAAGAUAUCUACAGGUUUCAGAUGGGUUUUGUCCGGGACUUGGAGAAACAAUAUAACAAUGAGGACCCCCACCUCAGUGAAAUUGGACCUUGUUUCCUGGAACAUCAAGACGGGUUCUGGAUCUAUUCGGAGUACUGUAACAAUCACUUGGACGCAUGUAUGGAGCUGUCCAAGCUGAUGAAAGAUGGCAGGUACCAGCAUUUCUUCGAAGCAUGUCGCUUGUUGCAGCAGAUGAUUGACAUUGCCAUAGACGGUUUCCUUCUGACACCAGUGCAGAAGAUCUGCAAAUACCCCUUGCAACUGGCAGAGCUAUUGAAGUAUACUGCACAGGAUCACAGUGACUACAGGUACGUGGCUGCUGCACUCGCAGUCAUGAGGAAUGUGACUCAGCAGAUCAAUGAGCGGAAACGGAGACUGGAGAACAUUGACAAGAUAGCUCAGUGGCAGGCCUCAGUCCUGGAUUGGGAGGGAGAUGACAUCUUGGAUCGGAGCUCCGAGUUGAUCUACACCGGGGAGAUGUCCUGGAUUUAUCAGCCUUAUGGACGGAACCAGCAGCGCGUUUUCUUCCUCUUUGAUCACCAGAUGGUUCUCUGCAAAAAGGACCUGAUACGAAGAGAUAUACUGUAUUACAAAGGUCGCAUUGACAUGGAUAAAUAUGAAGUGGUGGAUAUAGAAGACGGGAGAGAUGAUGACUUCAACGUCAGCAUGAAGAAUGCCUUCAAACUUCAUAACAAGGAAACCGAGGAAAUUCACUUAUUCUUUGCCAAGAAGCUGGAGGAGAAACUGCGAUGGCUCAGAGCUUUCAGAGAAGAAAGAAAGAUGGUUCAAGAAGAUGAAAAGAUAGGCUUUGAAAUUUCUGAAAAUCAAAAGCGGCAAGCGGCAAUGACAGUAAGGAAAGUCAGUAAGCAAAAAGGUGUCAGCUACUCCAGGUCGGUUCCUCCAGCCUAUCCACCACCCCAGGAUCCAUUAAAUCAGGGACAAUACAUGGUGACAGAUGGCAUAUCCCAGUCCCAGGUCUUCGAGUUCACCGAACCCAAACGCAGCCAGUCACCAUUCUGGCAAAAUUUCAGCAGGUUAACGCCAUUCAAAAAAUAAUACCUAGAGUGAGAUGGAGAAUUUUAAAAUAAAAAUUUUAAAAAAUUAAAAAUAAAAAUAAAUAAAUAAAAUUAUAUUUAUAGAUGGACCUUUUUUCGGAGAAGCACUGUUGCAAUUAAAAAGAAUUAUACACACACACACACACAUACAUAUAUAUAUAUAUAUAUAUAUAUAUAUAAAUAUAUAUAUAUAUAGAAGGACCAAAAACUUUUUUUUGUUGUUUUUGGGAAGCAAACUACUACUAGAUACUAGGAAGCACCAAUGACUUCUACUCAUGUGUCCGAUUUUGUUUUAUUUAAUUGGUCAGACAACAUCAUUUUUUCUCUUCAUUUUUUUUUUUUUGUCCAACUUGUCAUUGUCUCUCCAGGACGAUUUCUUGCUCGUUGUGAGUUUGUCACUGAAGUUUUUUGCAGGCCACAUUGGUGUAUAUUUUAUUUUAUUUAUGCCUUUUAUUUUUCUAUUUUAGAGGUGGGGAAGAUCUCUGCUCCCUUCCCUCUUUGCUCCCCCCACCCCUUGACUGUCCCCAAACUUCCUGUUUCAAUGAACAGCAUUUUCCCCCCAGCAUUCUCUGUUCUGAGUCGUUCCAGUCUGGGUGUGCUCUGUUAUGCACUGUGAUAUGCUGCUCAGUACUUCUAUUGCUUUAACUGUUUUUAUAUGUGUUCUUGGGCCAGGGAGGGGGGUAUAAACAAACAAAAGGGGGGAACAGAUCUUUAUUAUGUGAGAGGUGACUUCUGUUCAAUUGAUUUGUUGCAUUUUUAACUGUGUUUCAUUUCAAUGCUGUGUGUUUCAAUCACACAUGCCAUUCCCAGUAAGAUUGAAAGAGAACAAUGGAGGCUUUUUUGUUUCGUAUUUUAUUUUAUUUUCUCCAGAGAUUUUUUUUUUUUAGCUGAGAAAUUACCCCGUGAGAUGUCCAAUACUAGCUUUUUCCUACAUAAAGAUGACAGAUGUUUUAAAAUUGCUUGAUGGCCUCAUGUCCUGCAUUCUAGGUAGAGAAAAAUUAGUUAUUGAACACAAACAAAAUGGCCAGUGUUCCUUCUGCAGGAACUAACUCAGAGGACCCAUCCUCUCUGCCACACACACACACACACGUAGCACCACUGUUAUGAACCAUUGAUUACAGUUUACAGGAGCAACGAUCCUAGAUGUAACAGCCAUUGCUGUACUUGCUUUCUGGUCUGUUAUGUUUUAUUUAAGUAUCCCUAGGUUUGCCUCGAGCGCCAAAUUACCAACCGGACAUUAGCUGACAAUGAUGACCUAUUAGAUUAAGGAUCAUUGCUUAAGUAAUCGAAAACAUUUACUCAACAUUUAAUGCCUCCAACCUGUGGAAGAGUUUGAAAACUGCCUUUCAGAAAAGAUUGCAUUGAAAUCAGUGUGGCCUGAGACAUCUUGCCAUGUGACCAGGACUACAUAUCCAAAUGUAGAUCAGCAAUCAGACUAGUCUAAACUGUAGCAAUGGUUCAGCAAACUUGCACCAUUGUCAAUAGGCUGCACAGUAAUUAGUUAACCUCUCUGUGUCUCUUUCUCUCUCUUUUUCUCACUCUGUGUAUUCAGAGCUGCAUUUUCAAUGACACCUCCUACAAUUUCACCCUCACCUCAAACACACUAGUUUGCAUGUACGGAAGCCUGCAGUUCGGCUCACAAAACAGAUCAUUGCACACACGAUGCCUUUUUGCUUGAGCAAAUGUGGAUGUUUUGCUCAUAUAAAAAGGUGUACGUGAAAAUUUCGCAGGUGCUGCUUUGUAGUCUCCUUUGAAAAUGUGGGGUGAAAUGAUCCAAACCCUAAUUUGUAUUGACUGUUUUGUUUUUAAUCUUAUCGGCCAUCCAAGCAAAUCAGGCUAGCUACUGAUGUAGAGAAAUACACCGGGGGGUAGGGGAGCACAGAUUUAAUUUUUCACCUGAAAAACAAGAACCUGUGAAGGCCACCAGUGAAUGAUUUCAAUAUUUCCAGGCAGCUUAUUCUCUUGUAGGGCUAGAGCAAGCACUAAGAUAAAGACACCAUGCCAUGUUAUAAGGGAGUGACCAUAUUUCCCAUUUAAAGCACAAAGAUUAUCUCGGCACUUUCUUUGCUACUUGAGAAAAUACAAAUAAGCAGCAAAGAAAGUCUAGUAUUUUAAAGAGAGGAAGGCUCCCCCCCACCCCCC